AUGUCUUCUGAUUCUCCAUCACCGGAUUCUUCACCUUCACCGCCAUCAGAUAACUCCUCCUCCAACUCCUCAUCCCCACCAAAGAAUAAUUCACCGGCGCCUUCCUCUCCUCCGAAAAACCAGUCACCGCCACCAUCUUCCCCUCCACCAUCCUCACCACCACCUUCGUCUCCUCCUCCUUCACCAAAGAAUGACUCGCCCUCACCGCCUCCCCCGAAGCAGGAUGACUCGUCGUCCCAGCAGUCCUCUCCUCCUCCUUCACCGAAGAACGGGCAGUCACCUCCGGCCACUCCAGCCACUCCCUCUCCUCCAAGCAAUCAGGGCACUCCGGCCACUCCUGCCACUCCGGCCACCCCAGAUGGUAGCACCGCCUCUCCUUCGCCACCUAAACAAAGUGCUCCUGGUGUUCCGGCUGUCCAUGUGCCACCCCCUCCCCCACAUUCUGCUACAAAAUCCCCUACCUCCACUGCAGUGACACCACCUUCCGACGGCAGUAAUUCCGAUAAAGGGGUGGUAAUAGGAGUAGGGAUCGGCACCGGAGUAAUAGUUCUUCUAAUGGCCGUCAUUUGUGUCCUUUGCGUCAGAAGGAAGAGGAGAAAGAAUGACCAUAUGCAGUAUUAUGGAGAUCCUACCAAAGGUGGUGGUGCAUACUACAACUCACAGCAACACACUUGGAACAUGAGUGCGGCACAAGGAGACCAUGUGGUCAGGCUAAACCAAGCAGCUGGUAAUGGUGGUAGUGGUGGUGCCUGGCCUUCACCGCCUCCUCCGAUGAUGAGUGGUGAAAUGAGCACGAAUUUCUCGGGACUCCAUGGACCGCCCUUGCCACCGCCCUCACCAAACAUGUCACUCGGUGGGUUCAACAAGAACACCUUCACUUAUGAGGAGCUAGCAAACGCUACCAACGGGUUCUCACAAGCCAAUUUGUUGGGCCAAGGCGGUUUCGGGUAUGUGCACAAGGGUGUCCUCCCUAGCGGAAAAGAGGUUGCGGUGAAGAGUCUCAAGAUUGGUAGCGGCCAAGGAGAACGGGAAUUCGCAGCAGAGGUCGAGAUCAUUAGCCGAGUUCAUCACCGCCAUCUUGUGUCAUUGGUCGGCUAUUGCAUUUCCGGUGAACAUAGAUUGUUGGUCUAUGAGUUCGUUCCCAAUUCAACCAUGGAACACCAUUUGCAUGGCAAAGGACUUCCAGCACCAAUGGAUUGGGCAACUAGGCUUCGGAUCGCAACUGGGUCUGCUAAAGGGCUUGCCUACCUUCACGAGGACUGCCAUCCCAAGAUCAUUCAUCGUGAUAUCAAAUCUGCUAAUAUUCUCCUGGAUAACAACUAUGAAGCCAUGGUUGCUGAUUUUGGGUUGGCUAAGCUGUCUUCUGACAACUACACCCAUGUUUCUACACGAGUUAUGGGUACUUUCGGGUAUUUGGCUCCAGAAUAUGCAUCAAGUGGAAAGUUGACAGAGAAGUCCGAUGUCUUCUCAUUUGGAGUCAUGCUCUUGGAACUUAUAACCGGAAAGCGACCGGUUGAUCCUUCGAACGCCAUGGAAGACAGCUUAGUGGACUGGGCUCGACCACUUCUCACUCGUGCACUAGAGGAUGGCAACUAUACAGAGUUGGUGGAUAUCCGCUUGGACAACACCUUCAACAAAGAAGAAAUGGCACGCAUGGUCGCCUGUGCUGCUGCUAGUAUCCGUCACUCUGCCAAACGACGCCCAAAGAUGAGCCAGAUCGUACGCGCGUUGGAAGGAGAUGUGUCGUUGGAGGACUUAAACGAGGGGGUAAAACCAGGCCAGACCAUUAUGAUCAAUCCGGCAGCAAUUGGUGGAGGGUCUGACUAUGACACACAGGCAUACAAUGCCGACAUGAAUAAGUUUAGAAAGUUAGCCCUUGCGAGCCAGGACAGCAGUGAGUUCGGUAACAGUACGGACUCCUCAGAAAUGAGCACCCCUGCGGCACAAAAGCCACCAAGGCUCUGA